UGUAGACAUAGCUUUCAAGAUAAGAAAGGAGACACCUAUCUCUCUCUCUCUCUCUCUCUCUCUCUGAACUAGCCCUUCAAUCUCCUCCACCAUGCCUAGAGACCCCAAUUCUUCGCAUCAAACGCCAUUGAAGCCCCAAGAAUUGCCUCCAAGUCUCGGAGCCAACGAAGAAGAAGGCGAGAGUGAACCGGCUAACCUCAAUCAGCCGUCGAAUGACGACGCUCACGGCGAGGACUCAUGUCGAACCCCAACCUCGGAACACCACAAGGUCCCCGCGGUCCGGAGCUGCCCGCCAACGCCUCGCAAGCCAGCACAUGUGCAGGCCUCGAGCUUUCAGAACAAGAGGAAACUGCACUUCUUCGAAUCGACGAGCAAGGGGCGGGAGGAGCUCGACUUGUUCUUCCAGUCGAGCUUCGAGCCAUCUCCAGGCGUGAAGAAACGGUGCAUGAGCGUUGACUUUACAUUUUGGCGCCAUGGCCGAGCAAUGACGCGGGGGACUGUAAAUCCUUUCGAAUUGGACCUUCAGUCUCUCCCGCUCGGAGUUAAAGGUAUGAGCCCCAUAAUAAGAUGAAAAUUCUGGAUCAAAACCCUCUAUAUCUAUAUAUAUAUAUAAGCAGUUGAUUUGGUAGUUCGUUCUCGUUUAUCGCCUGGUGUUGCUUCUUUGGCAUUCACAUAUCCAAGCUUGUUGGGUAAAUGAACAAGAAGGAUUCAGCUGGGAGUCCCAACUUUUACUCUCCAGUCAACAUGAUUAAAACAACUGAAGAGGCAAUCCAAUUGAGGUAAUCUUCAUCAUCACUCCUCAGUCCCUCACCCCGAUCCAAUGUUGUCAUGGAUGAACAUUGGACGAAGAGACAGCGAGGACUAUCAAUAGCAAUGGUCGUCUUCUGACGGUGGUAAGAUUUGGAAGGGAAAGAAACGCUAGGGCAAAUGGCAGACUAACCAUGUUUGCUCAACUCGAAUGAGAUGGAGGACUCUAGCGUCAAAAGAGUUGGGGGAUUAAACUGCACACUUUCUCCCUUCCCUUUAGCGUUUGCUGGUAUAGGUAUAGCCUCGGCGGGCGGCCACGUCAGCGCCACAUGCAAAAGAACUUGCCUCGUCAGCAAUGUUAUGGGAGCCUUUUGGAGAGGACGUAAUGACCCGGGACGAAGAGGGCCAUCCUUGCACAAACCGAUUGAUACAGAGAACUUGAUGGGAAGAAGACAAAGGUUGAGGUUGAAAACUAUGACGAUUUCACAAAGUUAAAAUCGUAGGCUUUCUUGUGCCUUUCAGAAAAUCAAAA